ACCCAAGAACCUGCACCAUUGUUGUGGAAUACUCCUAAACCUAGUGCCCUUACAUAGCCCCUUCCAUGGAAGCCUGGACACAUAAUCACUGGAACUCUCUCGACCUUGGACAUGAGAUAAAUCAAUGUGGACAACUUUCUGUUAUUUCCAAAUGAGUGACUUUACAUCCAAAAGGGCAUAAUCUACAGCAACAUGCCAUUGAAAACAGGAUUACUCCUCAUUCUGUUCUUGUUUACCCUGCAAGCCACCAGAAUCAAAGAUCUCAACAUUGACAACUUGAUUCUCGGGAUCAGAAAUGUGAAGUAUAGGCACUUCCUGGAGACUCCAUGGCCCAUCAAGCCAUUGACAGAUGGCAGAGUUUCAUUUUCUCUAGACAGGCAUAGAGCAAAGAGAUCUGCGCUGUUUAGUACAGGAGUGAAACUGUGUCCUCAGGAGAGAAUGGCAGAGGUCAUCACCAGCCAUAAAGCCUACUACAAACUAAGAGUUUGUCAAGAAGCUGUGUGGGAGGCCUUCCGGAUCUUUCUUGACAGAGUUCCUGACACCAUGGAGUACCAUCAGUGGGUGUAUGCCUGCCAGAGAAACUCACUUUGCAUGGAUGAUUUGGCCCAAAAUUUUAGUAGCACACAGGAGCAUCUUGCCAUGGUAGCCAGUAGAGUGAAUGCUCAAGAUGAACAGGAGAGGUCUCUCACACCUGCACCAGGCGAAAAAUGUUCAAAGAGUCCUGCUGAGCUUUUCAUCAUGGAGUCUGACAGAGAAACUGGGGCACCAGAUGUUGUCCCUCAGAGGGUGGCAGAGCACAUUGUGGAGUUCAGCGUGACAGUAGUAGACCCCAGCUACAGUAAAAUUCUGAGUGAUCCAGGAAGCCCUCAAUAUGAAGACAUCACUCGUAGUCUCCAUGAGCAGAUGCAGCAUGUUUUCAACAAACUUCCUGGGUUUAAAGAGAUUCGAGAGUUGGGAUUUCGAGCUGGAGGUGCAACAGCACGGUAUGCUGUGGUGUUUGAGACUGAUGGAGUGAGGGCUACAGGGGACACAUUGUCAGCUGAUGAAUCUGGCAUGGAGGGAGUUCUAAAGGGCAUGGUGACCAAGGCACUAAGCGAGGAUACAUCUCUACCUGUGGAUGAGCUUUCCCUUACUUUCGAGCCAGACUCUCCAACAGCAGAGGAGCAGGAGAACACAAGAUCAAGUACUCAGGAAACAGAAGAAACAGGAUUUUUACCUGGGGAAAUUAGUACACAGUCCACAGAAGUCACCUCCGAGGAGACUAUAAAUUCUUCUGGGAGUACUGGCAUCUCUUCUGGAGAUCUAGGCCCUGAUAGAACUAAAGUAGGGUUGGGUGAGUGGACAGAAAGGACUGUUACACAGGAGGUGGUACUUGAUAUAUCGUCCCCUGUGACCAAACUGGCUGCAAUAACAGAGCAGCCAGCCACAGAGCUAAUCACAAGCUCCUACCUUGAGGAUUCAAAGGAGGAAAGACUAAUAACUGAAGACACUUUAGUGACUGGAGGAUCUCCAAGAACCACUACAGUGGAUUACCCAUCAAAGACGUCUGAAGUCCAAGAGGAUGUUGGAAAUGAAACUGUUGCCACAGCUGCCUCACUAGACUUGGAUUCUUUUGAAGUAGCAAAAGAAUCUACUUCAACUCAGCCAGAAAUGGAUUUUGAUAUGACACCAGGGACCUAUCCAGCAGAGGCAACAUCAUCAAUCGUGGCAUCCCUAACCCUGACUGAGCGACCUCGAAAAGUUAUCUUUCAAGAAGAUGACUCAAUUGGCCACGCUGAACUUUUAGAGACUCUUACCGAAGGUCUGUCUUCACACCCUACUAGUCCAAUUGAAAGCCCAGAGUCGCCCAUCACAAUUGACCCCAUUGACCAUGUUGAGUCUCAAUUUGUACCUGACACUGUAGAGACACUCCAUCCUAAGGGGUCACCUUCACCCACUACAGAUCCAAUUGUCCCUGCAGCAAUUCCCUCAGGGUUAACGCCCACUGCAGGCCCCAUUUCACACAUGACCUCUGACAGUUUCCUGGAUGAAGAGGGACAGCCGCUCUGGACUUCUUCACCUCCAGAACGUGAAGGUAUUACAGAUAAUGACACUGACAUAAAAGAGGACUUAGAACAGUCUGACGAAGACACUGAGGACUUUGGGAGUGGAUUACCCUCAGAAAUAGAUGAGCACCCACAAUCCUCAGCUACUCCUCUAGGCCAUGUUACGGCUUCUUCAAUGAUGGCUUCUAACCAGGCCAAAGAGUUAGUGGUGUUUUUUAGCUUACGUGUGACUAAUAUGAUGUUUUCAGAGGAUCUUUUCAACAAGAGCUCUCCCGAGUACAAAUCGCUGGAAAACACGUUUCUCGAACUGAGACAAUUCUUUGAACCAAGUGACUCGCCAAACCCUGAGUCCUCUAGUCCACAGACUGAAAGAGAACAGAGGAUAUUAGCCUCAAUACCGCUCCUGCCAUAUCUACAGUCCAACCUGACUGGAUUUAAGGAGCUGGAAAUUCUGAACUUCAAGAAUGGUAGUGUGGUUGUCAAUAGCAAGAUGAAAUUAGCCAAACCGGUUCCAUACAAUGCUACGGAAACGGUACACUGCAUACUUGAGGACUUCUGCAAUGCUGCGUCUAAGAGACUGGACAUGGAAAUCGACUCCCAGUCAGUGGAUGUGGAAGCAGCAGAUCAUGGUGAUCCGUGUAAGUUUUUGGCAUGCAACGAGUUCUCUCGCUGUGUGGUCAACACGCUAACCACAGAGCCAGAGUGUCUCUGUGAUCCAGGCUAUAGUACAAUGGAUGGCCUUCCCUGCAUGAGCAUCUGUGACCUACAGCCGGAAUACUGUCUGAAUGGAGGCCUGUGUGAGAUCAUACCCGGACAUGGAGCUACCUGCAGAUGUCCUGUAGGUAAAUUCUGGCACUACCAUGGAGAACGUUGCAACGAACUGGUUUCUGUGCCAGUUGACCCUCUCCUUUUCGUAGCCUGCCUGGUGGGGAGCCUCUCAGUGGUUUGUGCUGUGAUAGGCAUCUUGAUUUUCAUUAACAAGAAAUGUAUAAGGACCAGAAAGAACUUGACGCUUGUGCAUUCACAAUCACCAUUCCCAUUUGGUAAUACUAUGAGAAUAAAUCCAGUUUUUGAGAAUGACGAUGGGGUCUUAACACAUGUGUCAAACAUCCUCUGUCCCAUGUGCUCUGACUCAUGCUCCUUACAACACUCAGACCAAGGCACAUUUCGAUCACUUGAAAGUGUACAGCUUAGUAUUGAGAUCCCCAGACAACUCAACACCAGAAGAUCGGAAAAGUUAGUGUCAGAAAUGGGUUCUGACUUCCAUCAGUGUUUACCACAUAACGAGGCAUGGCAGAUGUCCAGCAGGUCCUCUUGCUGUCUUUUGAGAAGUCCUGAUAGUGAAGGCUUUGAAGUGACUGUUUUAUGAUGUCCAGAUGCUAUUUUUAAGCUAAACGUGGCACCAAAGCUAUUCAGUGCUUUUAAAGGCAACUAAUCUUUGCUGAUUCUUGUAGACACUUGGUGAGUGUAUGGUACAACCACACUACUCAAUGAUCAGCCAUACUCUGAUCAUUGAGUAGUGUGGUUGGUACAUGUGUUAAGUUUGUAACAAACUUAAAUAACUGAUUUAGAUCUGUCCUGAGCCUAUUUGUAAUUGUACCUGCACACAAUUUUUUUUUAUUUGAGACAUGUAAUGUGUUGGAUGUUUUGAACCCUUGUCAAAGGUGCGUUUCCUCCCUCACAAUGAGGUAUUUAUUUACAAAUGGAUACACUGGGUGGUAUCCUAUAUACAAAAUAGAUUCUUUGUUUAAAUGGUAACCUAUUUUUAAUCUCUGGACUGAAUGUAACUGAAUGUAUUCUGCCACUUCUUAUGGUUAUUAAUUAAAUUAUUUCAAGUAUUUACAGUUUGUCUAGAAUGCUCAUAAAUUAAUUUCUUCCUUUAAAGGUGCACUCAGUAACUUUUUUGUUCGUGUCAUCUUGUGGAUGCAGCAUCAUUCAAAAUCAAGUUUUCAGUCACAGAUGUCAUUGUAGAAAUUCACUAUUCACAUUCCACCAUGACUAAUUUAAUCCAAGAGUGAAAGUGUCCAAUAGCAAGACAGUUACUGAGAUUAAGCGAGUAGUAUUCAGCUGGUUUAGUAUUCCUAAAAUGGCAGCCCCCAUGGGGGCGAACCUGCUCCAUGUAGAAUAAAACAGAUUUUAUAAGGUUACUGAUGUGACUAGAGUCCUCAUCUCAUGUGAUUGGUCAUGAUUUUAUACAUAGGUUUCAAAAUUAGAAUUCAUUGCUUCAGAAGUAAAACUUUUUUAAUAGGGAAAAGAUUACUGAGUGCAUCUUUAAUAAAUGGAAUAAUCUCUUUUACACAUUUCUCAUCAAUCACUUUACAAAAAUGUAUGGCAAUGAUUUCUUUGUUUUUACAUUAAACAGAAAAAGUUUGUAGUAUGUUUCU